UUAGAUGGUGGAAGGAAAAAGAUCGUCUUCCUAAGAAUUUGCAGUGGAAACUGCGAACGACAAAUCUUGUUGCCAACCAGCAACUAUUCCAUGUCCGGACACUGCUUGCUGGCGGUGGAGCUCACCGGCAGUGGCCGACCAGUGCUUCUCCCUAACGAAAUCGAAUGCUACCUCCUCUCCGCUGUUGAUCUUCUUUGCGAAGAUGACCCCUCCAGUUCCUUUCAUCAUCUCAAAUCGGGCAUCCUCAUCCUCACCACCCACCGUUUGCUGUGGCUACUUGAUUCCGCCACCGCCACUGGAGGCUCCGCCUUCGCAAUUCCCCUAGGCGCAAUCUCCCACAUUUUCACUCCUAAGAAAUCUCUUAAAUCCAUGUUUGCUUCCCCAAGGGUCCGUUUCCAGCUCUCUUUGUCGUCAGAUGGCCGGGUUACUGACUCGGGUAUGAUAUCCAAGUCGGUGGUGGUGACGAUCGUCAUGAGAGGCAAGGGGGACAGUGAUGUAUUCCUGUCGAAGUUUUGGGAGAGUUGGCGGGCGAGGGCAUGGGAGCUGCAGAGUGAGCCGAGUUCAAGCUCUGUUUCAGGUUCGAAUACUUCUUCCAGCGGGAUGUUUUCAAGUGAUGGGACCUUGAGGAUGGUGGGUGUGUCCGGAAUAUUGAGGAAGGAGCAGGAAAGUUGGGAGAGUACAGAUAGAAGCUUGCAGGAAGCUUUCCACAAUUUGAAUGCUCUCAUGAGCAAGGCUAAAGAGAUGGUGACACUAGCGGAGAAAAUGAGGCUGAAACUUUUGUCUGGUUCAAAUUCUCAAACCAAUGAAACAAAUGAUGAGGAGAUGGGUUCAAAGGAAGAGAUGCAAGAUUGGUUAUUGAGUGUUGGUAUUAUAUCCCCCGUUACCAAAGAGUCUGCUGGUGCUUUGUAUCAUCAGCAGUUAUCUCGCCAGUUGGCAGAUUUUGUUAAAAUUCCACUUGAAAGAGCUGGAGGAAUGAUCAACCUCAUUGAUAUCUAUUGCCUCUUCAAUCGUGCUCGUGGCACAGAAUUGAUCUCACCUGAUGACUUGUUGCAAGCUUGUAUGCUUUGGGAAAAAUUUGAUGUCCCAGUGCUACUACGGAAGUUUGAUAGUGGAGUCAUGGUAAUACAGAAUAAGUCCCAUAGCGAUGAGGAGGUUUUUGCUAAAAUCAGAAUGCUUGUUCUGAAGCCUGAUGCUCUUCGAGCUGGGAUAAGUGCCAGUGAUGCUGCAAGGACACUGGGAGUUGCCCCAGCAAUGGCAAAGGAGCAUCUCCUUACUGCUGAGAGCAAGGGUUUACUGUGCAGGGAUAUAAGCCCUGAUGGGUUUCGCUUUUAUAUUAAUUUAUUCUCUGAUAUCAUUCAAGAUGACAUGUAUUUAGUGAAAGACAAUGGAAUUUAUGCCUCAUGGGUAAGGGCAAGCCAUGCUCGUGGCUAAUAAAUGAUAGCUUCUUUUUGGCAAAGAAGGAUUGAGUGACUGCAGUUGCAGAGUUUACAUUCCAGGAUUGAGCUGACAGAAUUAAUGCAUACCCAAGUUACUUCCCAAUCUAGUUAAUGCUUGCAAAUCCAGAUCCGGAAGGCUGAAGAGGUUGGGGUAAGAGUUUUGAUAUUGAUUGCACCCUCCUCCAUGUUGUACAUUUGAUUCUUGUUCAGUUACAGAUAUUUUCACCUUUAUUGCAAUUCAGAAACAUCAAUUUGUCUAUUGCACAUGCGAUUCAGAAACAUAAAUAUGUGCUUGGCUAAUUUUAGUCCCCAAAUGUUACAUCUCAAUGAGCUGAAACAAUGCUAUUAGA